AUGGCCGACUCGCUGCACAACGCGCCCAUUGUACUCGACAAUGGUUCAGGAACGAUCCGUGCAGGUUUCGCGGGCGAGGAUGCACCAAAGUGUUUCUUUCCGUCAUUCGUUGGGCGCCCAAAGCACCUGAGGGUCCUCGCCGGUGCUCUGGAAGGAGAGGUGUUUAUCGGGCAAAAGGCGGCGACGGAGCUCAGAGGUCUACUAAAGAUCAAGUAUCCGCUAGAGCACGGCAUUGUGACAGAUUGGGACGACAUGGAGCGCAUCUGGGAGUAUGUGUAUGGAGAGGGACUUAGGACACUUAGUGAAGAGCAUCCUGUUCUCCUGACAGAGCCGCCCUUGAACCCUAGGAGCAAUCGCGACACGGCUGCGCAGAUACUAUUUGAGACAUUCAACGUCCCCGCGUUACACACGUCGAUACAAGCCGUUCUCUCAUUAUAUGCCAGCGGCAGGACGACGGGCAUCGUGCUGGACUCGGGUGACGGUGUGUCACACGCCGUGCCGGUCUACGAGGGCUUCGCCAUGCCUAGCAGCAUCCGCCGAAUCGACGUCGCCGGACGAGACGUAACCGAGUACCUGCAGAUGCUGCUGCGGAAGAGUGGAUACGUCUUCCACACGAGUGCGGAGAAGGAGGUGGUGCGUCUGAUCAAGGAGAGCGUGUCGUAUGUGGCGCAUGAUCCGCGGAAAGAGGAGAAGGAGUGGUUCGGAGUCAAGCACAAUGAGAGCAAGAUGGGCGAAUACGUGCUCCCUGACGGUCACAAGCUCAAGAUUGGAGCUGAGCGCUUCCGCGCCCCCGAGAUUCUAUUUGACCCCGAAAUCGUCGGCCUCGAGUAUCCCGGCGUGCACCAGAUUGUUGUCGAUGCCAUCAACCGUACCGACCUCGACCUACGGAAAUCGUUGUACAGCAACAUUGUUCUGUCGGGUGGCAGUACGCUGACCAAGGGUUUCGGCGACCGACUGCUGCACGAGGUGCAGAAGCUGGCGGUCAAGGACAUGCGUAUAAAGAUUUUUGCGCCGCCGGAGCGCAAGUACUCGACAUGGAUAGGAGGAAGUAUUCUUGCUGGUCUGAGUACAUUCCGCAAGAUGUGGGUGAGCAUUGAUGACUGGCACGAGAACCCGGACAUUAUCCACACCAAAUUCACCUAA